AUGAGCCUCAUCCAGCUGAACACCAUGGACUUCUUGUCCGCCGAUCCUUUCAGCCAUGCGGAAGUUCUGUACGACCAACACUUGGGCGAUAUUGAGAGCCUGCUCCAUGGUCAUGACCUGGAAGUGGAAUGGCCGGCGACUCCGGCGCAAUGCCAAAUCCUGGAAUCGGACGAUAUGCCCUGGUGCAAGAUCAGUCUGAUCUUGCCACGGCAGUCCGCGCCCGAUGUGAAUCGAAUUCAGUCGAGCUGGACCCAGAUCUGCUCCCACCACUGUGGCCUUCGUACAGUCUUCCGUUUGGAUCCCCGGUCGGGGCAGACGUAUCAGCGGGUGGUGUAUCGCACUCCAGAUAUCCAGUGGGAUACAAAACCCGUUGGAAGCAAUGCCUCUUCCUCCAACUCAUCGUUGGCGGAUGUUCCGGCGGAGGAUGAUCUGGCACAGUUGAUUGUCUGUCGCGACCCCAGCACCGGCAGCUAUCGCUUGACACUCCGUGCAAGGCGGGCAGCCGUCGACGGUACCUCCCUCGAGAUUAUCAAGCGCAACUUCGUCCUGUUGUAUUGUGGUUUACCCUUGCCGGAACACACUCCACUGGCGACGUACCAACGUUUCCUCAGAGAGACAAAAGACACGACCAGCAGCAUUGCGUUCUGGAAGGCUCAGCUCAGUGGUGCCGUGCCACCCGUCGCUCUCCCCUGGGAGACAGGGCUAUCGGAUGUGAAUGUGUCUCAAGACCGCCAGGCUCUUCGCCUCCAUCUCGAUGACAAUUCCCACCCGGGGUUAUCUCAGAUUGAGCAUGCCUCGGGCCUGCCACGCAAACUCAUCUUUGAAACCCUCUGGGCCUAUGUCUUGCACUGCCAUUCCGGUGCCAGCGAUGUUCUCUUCGCGGCCGUAGAGCGUGAUGCGAGCUUCCCAGAUGCCGCCUCGUGCGUGGGAUACCUCGACCACACAUAUCCCGUCCGAUUGUCGGUGUCCAGCGACGAGACGUUUGUCGGCCUUUCCAACCGCCUCACCACCUUCCAUCAGUCCGCAUCCCCGCAUGCCUACCUGGGAUACAACGCUUUAUCCCAGGAACUCUCAAAGCCCCUUGAGUCGGUCCUAAGAUACUCUCCGGAUCCGAAUGGGCCGACGCUGGCCGGGCAGUUGGCGCCGUUCCCUCUGGCAAUGUUCAUCAAUGGGACCGGUGUAAUCACUUUGACACUGUGCCACUCGCCCCUCACGGCGACUGCAGAUGCCCAGCUGCUCCUCGAACAUUUCUCGCAUGCCCUGUACAGUGCGCUCAAUAAAUUCUACCUUCCUCACGCUCGUCUUGAGGAGAUCGAACUGGGCUCGCGGGAAGAAAAGCUGGCUCAGGUGCACACGGCCAAGGCUUUAGCUCGUCAGCACCAAAUAUCGACCAUUACCCGUCUUUUUGAGGAACAGGUCAUGCACAGCCCGCAAGCCGCUGCGGUGGAGUUUGAGGAGGACGCCCCACUCAGCUAUGCAGAGCUCAACGCUCGUGCGAAUCGGAUGGCACGCGCGCUACCUCCACUCACGGGCAAGGUCGUCCCAGUCUGUCUGGACCGCUCGGCUGAUCUCAUUAUCAGUGUACUUGCCAUUCUGAAGUCGGGUGGAGCAUACACGGUCCUCGAUCCAGAGGGACCACUUGAAAGGAACAGUCGAAUUAUCGAAACUUGCUCCGCGACUAUGGUCCUGACGAGCCGUCGUUAUGCAUCUUCGUAUCCCAGUGCUCUCGCAAUAGAAGACUAUAUGGUUGCCACAGACAACGAAGAGUCUUCUGCGAACCUGGACAUCGAAAUCAGCAGUGAGGACCCAUGCUACGUGGUGUUCACUUCCGGCUCGACUGGUAUGCCGAAGGGUGCGGUUGUCACUCAUGGGGCGGCCACGAAUGGAAUGGCGUACCAUAGCCUGAAUGGCAAACAGCGCUGGUUGCUGUUCUAUAAUCCAACCUUCUCUGCCGCACAGCGGACGAUGCUCUCGACUCUGACCCAUGGAGGUACUCUCCUCUUAGCCACCAAGCAAAGGCUGACGACGCGCCUGGCUGACACCAUCCGCACCAUGCAGGUGGAUGCCCUCGGGAUCACGCCGUCGGCACUAUCUCUCAUGGAGCCCAACGAUGUACCCGAUUUGAAACAAGUCACGCUAGUGGGUGAGAGCAUUUCCCGCGAGCUCGUUACCACCUGGGCAGAUCACGUCGACCUGCGGAACACGUUCGGCCUGAGUGAAUGUGCCCAACUGAACUUCGGAAAGCGUCUCUCGCGCAGCAGCAACCCCGGCAUCGUCGGACGCCCCACAGACACUACGCAAGCGUAUGUUUUGAAACCCGGCACGACCGAGCUGACCCCGAUGGGCGUCGCAGGUGAACUGUGCCUGGCGGGACCGCAGUUAGCAUUGGGCUACCUCACCUCGAGCACCGAUAUAAAGAAAGCUACUGCAUCGGUCUUCGUGGAAAACCCCUUCGGCAUGGGACGCAUGUACAGGACGGGGGAUGUCGCGAGGAUCCAUGCAGACACCUCUAUUGAGAUCCUGGGCCGCAUGGACUUCCAAGUCAAGCUCAACGGACAAAAGGUCAAUCCGGCGGAGGUGAACCGGGUUCUAUCCCAACAUGAAGCUGUCCAAAGUUGUGCAACAGUUGCCAUUGAGAUGCGAGAACGACUCGUAUUGGUGGCAGCGAUCGUCCUGGCUUCCGAACAUCAGUGGAGUAGAAUGGUUUCCUCGAUCCGUGACCACAGUAAGCAAAAGCUGCCGGCGUAUAUGGUCCCUUCACUGUGGAUGCAAAUGUCGAAACUUCCUGCCAAUGGAAACGGAAAAGUUGAUGUUCGAGCCAUUGAGCGCGAAGCACUUGCGAAAGGCUGGGAAGGUCUGGUUGAAGCGGCAGCUUCAGAUGCCGCUGUAGAGGCUAUCACCGACCCAAUUGAACAGCAGAUCGCUAGUGUUUGGGCCGACGUGCUUGGUUUGCCGCAACAGUCUAUCAAUCGUGACACCGCCUUCCUCUCGCUGGGAGGGACUUCCAUUGAAGGCAUUAAAGUCACUUCAGAGUUGCGGAAACGCGGGAUUGCCAUUGAUCUUGGGGAUGUACUCGGCAACGCCACCUUGAAGGAGACAGUAUCUUACGUGACAGUCGUGGAAGAUAGCAGUGAUGACUUGCAGCCAUUUGCUCUCGUUCAAGACCACGAAGCGCAGCAGGAACUCAAUGCCGACCCUCACAUCAGCGAUGCCUAUCCAGCCACUCCGUUGCAAGAGAGCCUGCUCGCUACUCUGGGCGAGGACCAGGGAAUGUAUACCUACCAGAGGACGUGGGAUGUUGGCCGUCUUGAUAUCCGCAAGCUGCGAGACAGCUUCAAUACCGUUCUCGAGUCGAGCGACAUCCUCCGCACAUCGUUCAAGGCCCAGGGCCGCAGCCUGCUCCAGGUGGUCCGAAACGAUAUCGCUUUGCCUUGGGUGGAGUCCACGGAAGACCUUGGGGAAUACCUUGCGCAAGAUAAGCAGCUACCGUUCUCCCUUUCUGGUCCGUUGUUCCGAGUGGCUAUCGUCUCUGGACAAGUUCUUGUUGUCACUAUGCAUCACUCCCUGUUUGAUUACUGGUCGCAUCGCUUCGUGUACCAGGAUGUCGCAGAUGUCUACCUGGGUCUUCAACUCCGCCCACGGCCGCAGUUCAAACAGUUCGUGAAGCAUAACGCGACUACAUCGGCAAUGGAGCAUGACCGCUUCUGGAGAACGUAUCUUACCAACACGGAACCAAGCGUUAUCAACACGGUUCCCGUAACCCAAACAACCGUUGCCCAACGCAAGCUUCCCGAGGGUCCUCUUCGCCGGUCGCUUCAACUCCACGGGCUCUCACUAGGCGCCGUCCUGUAUGGAGCGUGGGCCAUUGUUCUCUCGAACCACACUCGCCAUGCCGAUGUGAUAUUUGCAACCACUCUCUCCGGUCGGGAUGUUCCCGUGCUUGAUGUUGACCGUCUUGAUGGUCCUACUCUGACUACAGUGCCCCAGAAAGUGAAUGUGGCACCCGAGACAACUCUCUUACAGCUAGCCCAGACUGUACAGGCCAAUCUGUUUAAAAUAUUGAAGCACUCACAGCAUGGCAUGCGCAAUGCCCUUGCUGUGGGAAACCUUCCAGCGAGUGGCCUUGAUACAAUGGUGAACAUUCUGGUGAAAGACCAUGAUGGGGAGCAAGUCAACCAGAUCUUCCAGCGUUACGGGGAUCGGUCCACCUGGGAAUCUGAAUUCACAACUUUGGAAGUUGAGAAUGAUGAUGAGACACUGGUUAUGAAGCUCUCAUCAAAGAUGGAGCCUCGCCGUGUCAAGUUUCUCCUCGAGUCCUACGAAAAGGUGCUCCGGGCAUUCAUGCAGACCCCAACGCAACGUCUCUCAACCCUGGACAUCAUUGGGGAGGCAGAGACCGAAUUCCUGUACAAUGAAAUUUCAAACAGAAAGAGUCUCCAUGUACCCCGUCCUUCGCUUCUGCAUGCGAGCUUUGAGGAUCACGCCCGAGGAUUUCCUGACACUCACGCCAUCGACUGGGAUGGAACGACUCAGCUAUCAUAUGCGGAGUUGAAUGCCCGCGCCAAUCGCGUUGCUCAUUACCUGAUCAAAAAGGGAGUGUGCGUUGGAGACGCCAUCCCCCUCAUGUUGGAGAAGUCUAUUGAUACCAUCGUCGCGAUACUCGGUGUCAUGAAAGCUGGGGCUGCAUAUGUGCCUCUGAGCCCGGAUAAUCCGGUCGACCGCAACACAUUCAUCAUAGAUGAUGUUAAGGCACGAACGAUAUUGACCGAAGCCGAUUAUGCCGAUAUGUUCUCUUUUAUCCCUCAUCUGGACAUCGUUCGGAUCGACACGCCAGAGAUCGAUCAGUUCCCUGCCUUCCCUACUACGGUUCACACCGUUCCUGACAAUACCGCCUAUAUCAUCUACACGUCCGGCAGCACGGGCAUGCCAAAGGGUGUACAGGUGCCCCACCGUGCUGCAGCGGCGGCUGUCAUCAGCAUGGCGGUUGCUGAAAGCAGGUAUUCCGGCGAGUGGAGAGCGGUCCAGUUUGCCAACUACGUUUUCGAUGCCUCGGUGCAGGAUAUCUUCAACACUCUCAGCACCGGUGGAACUCUGUGCAUGGCGCCUCCCGAUAAGAUGCAGUCGGACCUGCCAGGAGUCAUCAACGCAAUGUCAGCCAGACAGGCGAUCCUCACUCCAACGGUCGCAAAGCUGCUUGAUCCUAGCGAGGUGCCCUCUUUCGAAACAUUGAUCGUGGGUGGAGAGCCUCUUACAUCAGAUGUCAUUGCACGCUGGAGUCCAGGCCAUCGCAUCCUCAACGUCUAUGGCCCUACGGAGACUUCCAUGGUAAUCACAACGAAAGAGGUUGACCCUAGCGGUCGUCCGAGCAACAUCGGCGCACCAUUCCCAACAGUGAUGGCCUUCAUUCUGCACCCUGAUGGUACUACGAUGGUACCCUAUGGUUCGGUUGGUGAGCUUUGUGUGGCUGGGCCCCAGGUAACCGACGGGUAUGUCAACCGCGAGGAUCUUACCAAGGCUGCGUUCAUGGAGAAUACAUUGGGCACCGAUCGCAUGUACCGGACCGGAGAUCUGGCGCGAUGGCUCCCUGGUGGGGAGCUGGAAUGUUUGGGCAGAAAGGAUAACCAGGUCAAGAUCCAUGGCCAUCGCAUAGAGUUGACGGAAAUCGAACAGGCGAUCCUGAAGACCGGACUGGUUCAAGGAGCGGCCGUCCUGGCAGUCAACCACAAUGGCAAGAAGCAACUCGUUGCCUUCUGCAUCUUUACCGCUGGUUCCUGUGAGAUCCAGGAAGCAGGUGACCACCAAGCUCAUGUUCAAGACCUGCGAGCGGGGCUCAAUACCCUGGCCCAUUACAUGGUUCCCAAAUAUAUUCUCCCCAUUGGAGACUUCCCCAAGAUGCCCUCUCGCAAGACCGAUCGGAAGCUUCUCGCCAAGUGGGUUGAGCAGCUGGACGCUCUCACCAUCAGCCAGUAUUCCUUCGAGGGUGACAGAAUUCAACAUAAGGUUGUUCCCGUGGAAACCGAGGAAGAGUCUAAACUGCAAGACAUGUGGUCUAAGAUUCUUGGUCUCCCCCCAUCUGGCAUUGGAAAGAAGGCCGACUUCCUGGCUCUGGGUGGCGACUCCAUUGCAGCCAUUAGCCUGGCUAGUGUUGCUCGCAGUGCUGGAUACCUCCUCAGUGUUAAGGAUAUACUGAAGAAUCCGAUCUUGGAGAAUCUCACACCAAUGAUGCGCCUUGACACAAGAGUUGCUCAAGUACUGAAGCCGAGCUACAAAGCCCCAGCAAGUGUGCUAGAUGCCAUUUACGAGCAGGAUUUGACCAUCGGUGGUAAUGUUGAGUAUAUUUAUCCAUCUCCCCCAGGACAAGCCCAGUUCCUCGAAGAGGGUGACCGCCCCGAACAGAUGUGGGUGCUCAUGGCCGUUCGGAAAAUGCCCGAAUCCGCCAGUUACCAGGACUGGAUCCACAACACUAGUCGUCUGACGGAGAUCAAUGACAUCCUGCGCACCACUUGGCUUCGUACCUCGCAGGCCCAGUGGGUGGGUGUGGUCAUGAAGCACGCGGGAUUGGACGUACCCAUCAUUCCCUGCGACAGCGAGGAGAAACAGUCGGAGUUCAUCGAGGAGUUCUGGAAUGACCGCUUCCAAUUUGGAAAGCCUUUCGUCAAAUACGCCAUCCUUCUGCACUCUGACAAUAGCUGGGAUGUGGCCAUCAAAAUGAACCAUGCUGCAUACGAUGGAACCUUGCUUCGCAUAUUUGAUGACCACUUUACCGCUAUCCGUCGAGGCAUGCCAAUCCCCAGCCAUGGCGAGUUCAAGGACUUUGCCAAUUUCAUAUUCCACUCAGACAAGAACGAAUCGCUACGCUUCUGGGCCGAGACAAUGAAAGACAAGCAUUACAUCUGGCCCCAGGCAGAGAGCCCGAAGAUCACCGCUGCCAUUCGGGAGAUUAUCCCCCGGAACCUGGAACCUGUAGCUCGCGUACAGGGAGUAACCGUCCCGAUUCUCUUUCAAGCCGCCUAUCAACUCUGGCUUUGCCGCGCAAGCGGCCAGAACGACGUCAGCUUUGAUUAUCUUCUUAGCGGUCGCAACGUGGACAUGGUCGAUGUCGACCCCCAGACCAUCAAUGGUACCUUGGCCAACUUCCUCCCGGUCCGUGCGCAAAUCGAUCCUCAGAGCGCCCUCGGCGACUACCUAGAGACCGUUCAGGACAUCUUCUGGGGAAUUACCGAGCAUGGUGAUGUCGGCCUGCAUGAAAUCUUCAAUGCAAGUGGUCUGUCGCGGACUACCGCAAGCAAUCGUUGCCUUUUUCUCUACCAACCAUUUGAACCUGCUGCAAACAGUGAGGAAUCCGAGUCCGAUAGGUGGCUGGUCAUGGCAAAAUCGAAGGUCCGCAUGUACCAGCCGUACGCUCUGGUGGUGGAGGUCGCCAAGUCACUUAACAACCGGAACCGACUCACUGUCAUGUAUGACACGGAUGUCUUCAACGAGGAGGGUGCACACCGGAUCGCUUCUGAGAUUGCAGCCCUGGUGGACCAGAUUGCGGAUCUCAGCGGGCAAAACGUAUCCCUGCAGCAGUUCCUCCAUUGA